AUGUUUGAAAUUUUAAAAACAAUUUGCUUUGAAAAACGUAGCAAAAAAAAAUCUCCAAUUUGCAUCUCAAGUAUGGUGUGGCCUGCAUGUGUCAAGCCAGGACAGCUGAAAAAACAGACCAAGUUCUUUGAAGUUCUGUUUCAUUGCUGGUGGUUUUGUUUUGCAAACAGGAAAAAAAUGCACGAAGCCAAACAGCAGAAAAGAUGGGCUCAGUUUGAAGUCUUGGCUGGAUUCGACGCGAUCAUUGUUCAUGACCCGUGUUUGUGGCCGAUGGGUUGCAGCGGCCGCAAUGACUCACGUGACUGCCGUGACUGUGGCUGUGACUGUGACUGA